CACGAAAUCAAUUAUUAUGCACGCAGAGAAGAAUAACCAAUGCAAGUUUAUAUACACCGAUAAGUAGAUACAUAGUUGGGACAGUGUGUUCUCCGCUUAUAUUCGUAGUUCAUAUUUUGUCCACACCUGUCGCUGAAGUCACACACUCUUCGAACGUAAGGUAGUGAAUAGCCUUAAUAGUGAUGUAUUUAAAUACAUGUGUUUUGGCGAUUUAAUAUGAGAAAUAUGAACGGUGGGAAUAAAGCAGCACAAAAAUUAUUGUUCGUUUGUUCAUCGUUUACUUGCAUUUACUUUCCAGGCAUAUUAAUAUUAUUAAAAAUUAAUGGAACAUUGUACAAUGUUGGCUCGUACAAAUUUAUUCCAAUAUUAUUGAUAUUGAUGUUUGCCGAAGUGAUAAAAUUAAUCUUUUCUUUUUUACAAACAGAACCAGUACUUAUUACCAAGAUAGAAACUAAAACGUCAAAAAGUAAAAGAUCUUGGACAAAAUAUAUAAAGGAAGGUUUUAAAUUUCUUAUCACAAGCAUUAUAUUGUCAAUUAUUUAUUAUUUUCUUAUUGUUAUGUUCGGUGCACCAGUUUUUAAUCAACAUGAGGAAACGACCAUGCUUACAAUAAUAUUAACGUGUUUAACAUUUGUUCCUGCCAGUUUGCAUUUAGGAGUAAAUACAGCGGUCAAUAUUUUAACAGGAAGAGAAACACAAAAAGACAAUAUAUUUAUCAAUGCUGCUAAUAUUGUUAUAAAAACUACACUUUUGGGUACGUGGACUGGUGCUAUUGUAAUUCCAUUAGAUUGGGAUAGACCAUGGCAAGUGUGGCCUAUCCCAUGUGUAACAGGUGCUCUUCUUGGUUAUACAAUUGCACACUUUAUCAUUCUAUUUAAGACUCUACCCACAUUGAAACAAAGUAAAAAUUUUUAAAUUAAACACGUAUGUUAAUCAACUACAACAAAAUUAUUCAUUAAAUUCGUACGAUUAUGUACGAUUUAUAUUUGUUGUAACAUGUAAAAAUUUACUAAUGUAAAUAUUUAUUAUAUGUCAUAUUUACGUAAAUAAUGUAAAUUAUCGUACUGUCCCACCUUGUGAUAUAAUCGUUUAAUACAAUCAAUCAUUUAACAAUCACCCUUCAUAUAUUUUAUUAUUUUAUUAUACAUGUUUUACAAGUACGUAUGUACAAUGAUCAUUACAUGAAGAACGAGAAAAGAGGGAGGAAAAGAAAAAAAAAUAAAGAACAAAAAAAAAAAAAAAAAAAAGAGAAAAAACGCAUCACACAACAUUAUGUUUAACUGAUUUUUAUUGGUGAAAAAGCUUCCGUUAACCGACUGAUUACAUUCACUUUAUACAACAAAUACGUAGUACCGUAAAGUUAAUUACGGUUUUGACGGGUGUUAAGUGUUCGGCAUGUAUCAAUGAAUAUCAUAGAUAUUACACGAUUUUAACGCGUGAAUAAAGAACGAAAUGUCUUUUCCUUAA